AUGCAAUCAUCGCUGAAUCUUCCAUAUUAGAAAUUAUAACAAUAGACUUCUUUUAAGCAGUCACCUAGCCUACUUAGUGAUAAAAAGAAGAUAAACACGAGUAAAUCAUCAAACAGGUAUAGCCUCUCAAAUAUCUAGACGUUCAUCAAUAAUAUCAGCCAGGACAAGGAUGCAUUCGGCUUAUUCAAAGAAUAAGCAAUAAGAAGAGGAAUUUUGAAAGAAGACAGUUUGCCAAAGUUACAUCAUAAUUACUAUAAUAAGUAUAUUCGGCCUAAUAACGAACAGUCUACAGCUAGAACAUUCGCAGACUAUGCUAGAAAAGACUUUACAAAGUCACAAGAUAAGCUUAAUCAGUCCUUUGUUCCUAUAAGAGAUCUGUUGAGGCAGAGUAAAAUGGAGAAGGUUUCAACAAUCAUUGAUGAUUGGAGUGACCCAGAACUUUCAAACAGUCUUAUGAUAACUCAAAAGGCGAGGCCUCUUGAACUUCCAAAAAGAAUAAACCCUCCCUAAAGCCUUAAUGUAUCAUCUGAUAGGUUGAUUGCUAAUUAGAACAAAUCGCUAUUUAGCAAGAAAGGUUAGCAUACAUUGAGUGCAAAUCAUAAUCACAAUAUCAAUAUCAAAUUCAAGAAAAUAAAGGUAGAAUCGUUCAAUUUGGAGGAAAUGGAAUAAGCUAGAGAGCAAAGCAUCGACUCUUAAAUGGUAGAUGUUCAUUUCUUGGAUAUUCCGUAACAAAAAUUACCUGAAAUAAUGCACAAAAGAUAGUAAACUCUAGUUGAUAACACAUUAACUCCACUAUAAUAAUACAAAGAAACCAAGCAGCAAAUUAAAAUCAAGAAUCAGAAGUUAGUUGAUAACUUAUCUAAAGUUAUAAGUGGAGUAGGAUAGCCUAAUUUUGAAACAUAAAAAACCCUUAAAAAUAUGAAUAAAAAUAUCAUUGGCAAUCUCAUAGGACAAGGGGCUCAUUCAAAUGAAGAAUAACAAAAUGACGAUGAUUAGAGAACAUUAUCAAGAGCUGUUAGUAAAAUAGUCAAGUAAUCACAGUUCUAAGGGAAACAGAAACUGUUAACUCUUGAUAGGAAAGAUCCAGUUAUUGCUUAACACUUUAACAUUAUAUCUGUUGAGAAAAAGCUCAAUAAAAAUAAGUUGAGGGAAUACUUAUCAAAGAGAUACAAGGACUUUUUGGCAGACAGAAUCAUGAAAGGCUUAUCAAACCUGUUCAAUAAUUUUGGAGUUUAUCAUGACCUAAACCAGUAUUGCGAAAUUAUUGAAAAUUUUGCUAAUUAAGACAUUAAUGCUCUUAAGUACUUUACCUACAAGAUAAUAGAUAUUAACAACGACAAGAAACUUUCUGAGAACGAUUUGUUUUAACUUAUGAAAUUGUGUGCCUAAACUAACUAAAAGUAAGAUGACUAGCCUCCUGAGGAUUCCGAUGUGUUCCUUGAAGUCUUUUCAGCUGACUUCGUAAAAGUUAUCAAAUAAAUAAAUAUAAAGAAAUAACAAAAGAAUGGCUUGGUCGAUGCUAAAUUUUCAGUUAAAAAGUAAGAGACUAAGAAUUCGAUCUGGGAACACAUCUCCGAGGUCUAGGACUCUUUUGAAGAAAAGACUAACUCUUCUUAAUUUAAAUCUUAGAAAAAUAGCCAUAAUCCACCACCAGCCUCUUAGCAUAAGCUAUAAUUGGCCAAAAGUCAAAAUGCUUCUCAAAGUAAUUUCCAUAAGAAAAAUUAAAGCGGAGAGAGGCAUCAAAUAGAUGAUGACUAUAGGGCAUAACUAGAUAUGGAAAGCUAAUUAAUGAUUAAUAAUAUAAGCAGCUCUAGUAUCUUAAACAUAGUCCGAUAAAAAAGUUCUUAUUAGAAGCAUAAAAUUAAGCCAGUCAUCAAGGACGAAUCAAACUAAAGUAAAUCAGAUAUUUACCUAACAUUUAUGGAGUUCAAUCAGAUCUAGUUCAAAAAUUUCGUACCUUAGUUAGUAAUAGACAUUGUUUAUCAUCUCACAGGAAGGAAAAUAAACCCCUUACAGCAUCAAAAGAUUUCAGGUAGCAUCAUUGAUAAUGAUGAGAAAUUGAACAGUGUCACAGAUCCUAUGAAAUAAAGUUCCUAUCAGAAUGAUAGCUUUUUCGAUCCAGAUAUAAUUACAGUCAAAGCAUCCAUUAUGAAUGACGAAUUCAAGAUUUUACUAAGUAAUUUUAAGAGGUUUUUGAAUCUUAAGACUGAUGACUUGAAGUAGAAUUCAUAGUUUAAGGAGUAAAAUGUAUAUCUGACUGAGAAUAAUAUCAUGGACAACAUGAAGAACAUAUUUGGCUAUAGCUUUCCUUACAUUGGCAGACUCAUGUAUCUCUAUAUGAGUAAAGGCUUCGAUAAAAGUAAAAUCAGUCUAUCAAGAUUCAUGACAAUGAUGCUUCCUCUAUAUUAAGAUGAUCGAAACUUUUCUCACAACAAAAUUGCCUUUAAAAUAUUGGUCAAUUAUAUGUACCAUGAGAAUGAAAUUCGAUACAAGAUGUUUGGAGUAGGUAAAUUGUCCUAUUCUGGAAAUCCAUUUUAAGAUAACCCAGACAUCAAAUUCUAAGAGAAGCAUCUGUUUCAAGGACUUGAAUAUGAGGGAGAUCGUUCCUUUGGUCAAAGAGGCUUUGGUAAAAAUAUGGACAAGAAUCUUUACCAAUUACUGAAGUUUUACAACAAGUAUUAUAACAAAGAGAGCAAGAAAUCAAAUGCUUAGUCUUUAAAUACGAGUGCUAGUUAAACUAAUUCAGGAUUGAAUAUCAAUAGCAAUAUUAUCAGCACAUACUCCUAUAGUAACAACUGA